AUGUCGCGAACGCUUCUGAAAGCGGCUCUUUUCGGCGCCGGUGUGAUCGCCGCGAGCGGAGCACUGGCAGAAAAUUGCCUCAAAGUCACGCUGACCGGCACCCAGGGUGGACCUCCCGUAUUCAAGGGACAGGCAGGUGCGGGAACGCUUGUUCAAUACGGUUCGGCUGAAAACAAAUGUGAUGACGUGCGGCUUCAGUUCGAUACAGGACGCGGCACGACGCAGCGCCUGAGUGAAGCCGGCGUGCCGGUCGGCAAACUCGAUGCGGUGUUCCUCACGCAUUUGCAUUCAGAUCAUUCCGAAGGUCUCGCCGAUAUCAUGCAAUUGCGGUGGCACUUCAAUUCUCAGGGCCCGAAAGUUGACCUUGUCUGCAGCGAGGAGACCAAGUCUCCGCUCGGCUUCGCACUGAGUUGCCAACGUUUUGCCACCCAUAUCGGCGACCCCUUGAUAAACUCCGGCGAGAUCGCCCAGCGCCUUGCUGAAAACAAGAAACGUUUGCCUGGCGGACCUGCCGAAUUGCUUCAGGUCAGGGACUUUUCACCCAAAGACGAGGCAAGCGAAGUCUGGUCGAAGGGUGACGUCAAGGUGAGCGCGAUCAGGUCGACACACAUUGCCGGUCACGCGUCCUACAGGGUCGACACGCCAGCCGGAAGUGUCGUGAUCGGUGGCGACGCAGGCAAUGAUGUCCGCAAGCCUCCGCGCGAGACCUCGACUUCGGAUCAGGUGGAAAAACUGGCAAAAGACGCCGACAUCAUCGUUCAUUCCACAAUUCACCCGGUCAUGGGGCCGGACGGCGGUACAGGCUUUCCGCCUCCGAUUUACUACCGGCAAAGCAACGCGACGGAUCUAGGUCAUCUGGCUAAACGGGCUGGCGUCAAGCAAUUGAUGCUAACCCACCUGAUCCCGCCGGUUGGUGCCCCCCGUCAGGGCCCCUACAAGCUCCCGAAGGGGGCCCUGACGGACGACGACUACCGCUCGGCAGUCGCUGACAGCGGAUUUGAAGGAGAAACGAUUGUCGGAAAGGACCUGGUAUCGGUGACGCUAAUGCAGCAGAACUGA